AUGGAGACGGGGGUGAUGAAGCGUGGUGAGUACCAUCCUGCAACAGCCUGUACAGUCAGCCCCUCCCCCUAUCGCCACAGAGGCCCAAUCCCUGAACAGGGCCACGCCCACAGGCACACCCCCUGCAGACACGGUGGUCAGGAAGCAGGAGGUCCAGAACCUCUUGUCACAGGGUGCAGGGCCCUUAACAACUUCAUGCAGGGCAAGCUGGACGAUUAUCAAUCGAAGAAGAAUAAAGGGGAACGUCUCAACCAGGAUCAACUGGAUGCCCUGACCAAGUACCAGGAAGUGACUAAUAACCUGGAGUUUGCCAGGGAGUUACAGAAGAGCUUCCUGUCACUGGGACAAGAUAUCCAGAAGGCGGUGAAGAAGGCAGCGCGACGGGAACAGCUCCAGAGAGAAGAGUCUGAGCAGAAGAGGCUGAAGACUGUCCUAGAGCUCCAGUUUCUCCUGGACAGGCUUGGAGAGGACAGUGUGAGGCAGGAGCUGAGACAGGGGGCUGCCAGUGUUGACACACCCUCACUCCUCACCGACACGGAGCUCACUGCCCUGGACGAGCUCUAUAAACUAGUGGGACCAGAACCAGACCAAAACACCAGAUUUAUUGACCAGUACGAGGAGGCUUCUCAACACCUCAUGGAUCUGUUGGAGGGGAAGGACAAAGCUGUGGCAGGAACUACGUACAAAGCUCUGAAGGACAGCCUGAACCGAGUGCUGCUAAGUGGCUACUUUGACCAAGCCCAGUCUCACCAGAAUGGAGUGUGUGAGGAGACCGAGGAGCAGGCCGUCGCUGUAGUGGAGGAGACCGAGGAGCAGGCCGUCGCUGUAGUGGAGGAGACCGAGGAGCAGGCCGUCGCUGUAGUGGAGGAGACAGAGGAGCAGGCCGUCGACCCAGGUCAAAAUCUUUGACGUUGGCGUUUAGAAAUGUGCACUGAGUUAUAAAUUGACCAAAGUUAUACAUAUUAUGUUAGCUAAAUGAGUCUCUUUCCUUGACCAUCCUUACAAAUGUGCACUUAUUCCCCCUUUUUGUUUUUUUGUUUUUUUAAUGACUAAGCAAUACCAAUGUUAGCGAAUGUACACUUUAGUUGGUUAAUUUGUAAUCAAGCUGGAAGCAAUACAAAUGUAGUUAGCUUAAGUACACUUUAAAGUUUAAUUUGUAAACAAUACAAAAUGUAGCUGUUAGCUUAAGUUUGUUGUAUUGUUGUUUUAUUUUACCACCACAAAUUUCCCAAUUGGGACAAUAAAGAUGAUUGAUUGAUUUGG